UGGACACGCAUUUCGCCGCUCCUGGUUUCUUGCACGAGCUCUUCAUUACUAAUUCCGCCAAGCCUCGAUAAGUUUCUAAGAAGCAACUUUCUAAUUAAGCAACGCCAGAAUGAACUGGACGGCGUUUAACGACACAGACGGAGGUUUCCACACCGGGAGCACGGAGACUUUCCACACGUGCUGCGUCACGAACUCCGGCUUUGGGCGUAGCGGCGCGCACGAGCGCGGCUCCUUCGCCCCGAACGUGGUGCAGGUCGCCGUGAUGUGCGUGCUCGCGCUCACCGUCGUCUUCGGCAUCUUCUUCUUAGGCUGUAACCUACUUAUAAAAUCCGUGGGAAUGAUCAACUUCCUUGUCACGGAUAGAAGAUACUCCAAGGACGUCGAGGCGGUUAUAGUGAACUCGUAGUGGAGAGACUGUGAUUUGUACAUGCUGAUGUUGAGCUCUUAUACGGACGCUUCUGAUCCUGCUUGAAAAUCUUAUCAACACUGUUUGAACUUGCAUGCUGGUGAAGAAGCAUGAAGAAGAAAGAACUUUAUAACCCCUUCAUCUGAAAGGAUCACCUAUACUGAGAAAAUGACAUGAGGUUCUUAGGAGUUAACUCUUCUCCAUUAGCUUAUUUAUUAAGAACUGAAGAAGAUGAAAAAAAAAACUGAUCAUACAGCACUUGUAGUGGGUCAGUUUGUACUUCUUAAAUGUGUUCUCAAUUUGAGCUGGAGUAUAGUAAUUCUUGACUGCACAGUAAUAACAUUUUAGUUUUGCUAAAAGAUGAUGAUGAGGAUGAGGAUGAUGAUGAUUAUUCUUAUACUGGAAAGACAAAUUAAAAUUUCCUAUCAUGUCUGGU